AUGACGAUUAAAUGUCGUUAUUGUAAUGCGACUGUGCAGACGAGAAAGGAAUAUUCAAAACACCUUGAAAUGCACAAGGAAUAUGACAUCACUUGUCCCGAAUGUGGCAGGACAUUCCAUUCCCUAGGGAGAUUUCGAGAGCAUAAAGAAGUGCAUCAACCUAAACCCCAAUGUGGAAUUUGUAACAGGUCCUUUUCUUACACGACUGGACUACGACGGCACCAACGACAAUUCCACAGAGAUGUGAAAAGGCAUAAAUGUCUAGAUAUCAGCUGUAAUGCGACUAUAUGGGGUACAAUCAAAUGUUUAGAACAUCCCCAAAAACACGAUGAACAUUGCAAGCAACCCGGUAAUGG